GGGCCCCCGCCGUGGCGUCGCGGCCUUCUGGCUUCCGUUACCUGUAGGAAGGAGCCCUAUGCUUUCCACUUCGGAUUUUCCGUUGCUUAUGCGGGCUUCCAGCCGUGGCCUCUGGUGGUUGUCUUGGCCCUGUGGUCUGUUCUUCCUUGUCGGCUGUCGUGACCCUGCCGCCAGGCCGGCCCCCAACCCGCCGGCUGAAUCCGAACAAGUGCUGAGCCAGGAUGGGUUUGGCCGAAGACAAAGUGUACACCCAUAUUACGAGAAACCUCAAGAAGUUCGGGGCUAUCCGAGUGGCGUCGCUGGCCAAUUCCCUGACCUGCCUGGUCGAUUCUGACAGAGAUGAACUCCUCGCCCGGGAGGAGACACGGGGCAACCAGGCAGCUGUCUUUAGGUUUUAUCAGCACCUGAGGUGCCGGCAGGGCUGGGUGCAGGAUCUCAUCCAGGCGCUGCACCAGAACAAUGCGGGGCACUUGGCUGAUGAGCUGCAGGAAGUCUAUGAUACCUGGAAACCUCAACCUCGUUCCUCAGCUCCUGCUGCUGUCUCUUCCCUUCCCAGUGAUGCCCAUCCCACUGCCUCCUCCGUCAGUGCCCAGACACCACCCCAGGGGCCAAAUCCUGCCCCGUUGGCUGGGCAGCCAUGCCAAGAGCCACCCGACCAUCCACCUGUCCUGGCCAGUGCUGCCACGAGCACAGACCUGGAGGCCAGACUCCCUGUGCAGGAAUUGCUCCCGCAAAAGCUCCCGGAGCAAGAGAGUCCCUUGCCAGUUCCACCUGGGAGCAAAGUCUGUGACAGAGUGAGCGGUGGGCACAGCGGAGAGGGGAAUCUCCCGUGCCCUGCCGGGGCUGUGCCGCUAGCAGUGGAGGUGCCGGGGGUGACCGUGCCAUCGGCGGUGUCCCCAGAGCAGGGCCGGGACUGGCUGAGCCGCCGGCCGGUGUGUGUGGACAACGGGUUUUUUGGGAAUGCCAACCACCUGCACCGUGGCACGCCGGGCCUGGGCCUGGACAGGUCUGUUCCAUCGAGGGAUGCAGGUGCCACUCGCAGCCCUGGACAGCCCAGGAACGAGCCCGAAGAGAACUCAGAUAUCUCCGCAGAGUCACUGCCACGGCUGGAGGGGGCCACUCGUGGUGUGGAGCAGCAGCCCCCAAACUCGGUGCCAAAAAAGCAGGCUGUGCCAAGCUCUGGGCACGGUGAGCCCACGGGCAGCUUGGUGGAUGUGCGCAGCCCCCUCCUGAUACAGGAGCAGUUUGAUGCGGAGAAGAAACGGGUCGGGAUGCUGCAGGAGCACCCAGGGACUGGAGCUGCUUCAAUGGAAAAAACUACCCUGGGUGCUACCCCUGUGCCCAGAGACACUUUCCCACCCUGUGACACCUCUGUGAAGUCUGUUAUGCAAGAGAAGAAGCUGCCCAUGGGGAAUAAAGCCAGGAGCACCCCUUCUGUGCCAACAAAGGAGAAAGUGCUCCCGGCCUCGGCAAACUCUGUCCUGGGCACGUCUGUGGUAGGAGGCUCCGAAGGCACGGCUGGGAGAUCGGCUUCCCGCGUGAGCUCUGCCACGAAUGUCUGGGCACCUGGCAGUAAUGAGGAGAGAGAAGAGGAGCUCAGCAAGCCAGGAGCCCUCAUGUCUGCGCCUCAGGGCAGCCCAGAGGUGGCAGGCAGAUCCUCGAGCUCUCGGGAGCCCGACAACCCCUGUUCCGCCAUCUCCGGUAGCCUUGGCCUCAGCAGUGACCCAAUCCUGGUGAGCAGGGAUAGCCUGAGCACAGGAGGAGCGUUCCCCAGAGUGUCCUCGGUUCAUGGUGCAGACCCCAGAGAGAAGGAGGCAUCUAGAGCGAGCAGAGACUCCUGUGCUACUCCGAGCUGGGACAGCACCUCCGUGGGCACCCAUGAGGUGUGUGUGGAUCAUCACCCCAGCAUCCAGCUUGGAGCCGGCGGCGACGGAGCCGGUCCCCUCGGAAGCUCGGUGAAUUUCAACUCUGGCAGCGGUCGUGAUGCUGCCACCAGCUCACCUCAGGCCAGAGUCUCAAAGGGGGGCAGCAAUGGCAUGUCCCUGCUGUACAUCCUUCCGGCUGUUGGCCUCAUUUCUGCCGUGGUGUUCGCAGUGUACGCUCGGCUGCGGAAGUAGUGGCUGGGAUGGCGCGGCCGUGACGCAGCUGGGGGGAUUCCUCUGGCAACGGGAUUUUGGCCAAUGUGUUUGAAGCCUGAAGAGUAGCGGGGGGCAGUAGGGGUGUUUUUAAAUCUUUUUCUGGAAGGUUCCGCUGGAAGAGGCCUUGGUACAUGAUACUGUUGGGUUUGGGUCUGUUCCCUCCCAUUUCCCCACCAUCUUCUUGGCUGUAGCCGCCUCUUUUUACACUCCUGGAGGAGAGGAUCUCGCUCCAAAAUGUGCCAUUGAGUUAAAAAAAAGGAAAGCACUUAUGGUGAUUCUCCAUGUCUACCUUGUUUGAUCCCAGGAGGCCUCAGGGAAACAUACUGGUGAUCCAAAGGGUGACCUCCAGGUCCCUCUGUGCAGUGCAGCCAGGAGAAGUUGUGCAGAUAUCCUGUAACAGUGGAGCUGAUUUUCUUGGCUCUGCUCAUCUUGGCUUGAAAACGUGCCCGAGGGUGGGUGCAGCAGCCUCCACUGGACGUCUCAUGUUCUGUUUGCCUUACUUGGUGUCUCUGGCUCUGCUGUUCCUUCUGGGAUUGCUUCAUGUAGUACUGACCCUGGGGAUAAACAGGAGGGUCAGGAAAGAGCUGCAUCUAAUCAGCAUUAUCAAGGAUCAGCCUCAUUUCACCCCCCUCCAGGCAGGGAAGAGGAUUUCUGGUUUAAGAGGAAUGUUUCAGGCAAUGCCAAUUUUCAGCAACUUGGUCCCACAAAAGGUUGUUGGGUAUCUUUGAUUUUUAGGCUGGAUUUUUGGAGCUUGGAAGUGUAGAUGGAGUUCUUGCCCUUCCUGGUACCUGCUGCUAUGGGAUCAGGGUAUAGGAACCUUCUGCCCAGGCUGGGACACAAUCAGGAUCAACUGUGCACUGCAGUGAGGCCAUGCCAGUGUGAGAUGCUCUGGGCUGUGGGGAGACCUUGUAGCACCUUCCAGUAUCUAAAGGGCUUGGAACAAACUGGUCUUGUGGCAGGUGUCCCUGCCCCUGGCAGAGGGCUGGGAUGAGAUGCUCGUUCAUGGCCCUUCCAAACCAUUCUGUGAUUCUAAAAUACAGUAAAGAAGCAACAGCCUGGAGUAGUUACAUUGCUCCAGGUUGCUCCAAAUCCCAUUCAACUUGCCCUUGAACUCUUCCAGGGAUGGGGCAGCAGCAGCUUCUCUGGGCAAUCUGUGUCAGUGUUUCACCACCCUCACAGGGAAGAACUUCUUCCCAGUGUCCCAUCUAUCCCUGCCCUCUGACAGUGGGAGGCCAUUCUUCUUUGUGCUGUUAUUCCAGGUCUUUGUCCAAGUUCCUCUCCAGCUCUCUUGGAGCCCAUUUAGGUACGGGAGGCUGCUGGAGAAGGUCUCCUCAGAGUCUUCUCCAGGCUGAACACACAGCCUGGCUCCAGAGCAGAGGGGCUGCAGCCCUCAGUUUCUCUGUGGCCUCCUCUGGACUCACCCCAGCAGCUUCACAUCCUUACUACGUUGGGGCUGCAGAGCUGGACACAGCACUGCAGGUGGGGUCUCACCUGAGCAGAGCAGGGGAGCAGAAUCACUUCCCUCAUCCUCCUGUGUCCAGUAAGUUACUCAUCCUGAAUUCCUGCCAUCAGCACAGCUUCCCAAAAUCCACUCUUCCUGCUGGCAGGGAGCAGGGGGGAGCUCAGCCCCCUGGGGCCUGGCUGCAAAGCACAGUCAUCGCACCUGGAGCUUGGCCUGUGGUAGGAAAGGUCCAUCAGCCCUGAAUGGCUGCUCCUCCCUCCCAAUACUUCUGCCCAAAAGUCCAAGAAGUGCCUCCAGAAAACUAAGGAUAACCGAUAUAUGCAAGAGGGAGGUGUUGAUUUUGGUGUGUCAGGGCUGCUUUCCAAGAGAGCUCUAAGUGUUCAUUCCUUGCUCAGUGCCCGGUGCUGAAGGAGGAAGGGACAGUCCUUUAAACACACUUUAAACCCCUCUGCCAGGAGAGGGAAUGUGGGGGCUGCUCUCCCUGAAAAAGAUAAAACAGUUACACUCCCUAACAGGAGGGACAGGAAGGGACUUGCCUUCUCCACACUUUCUGUAAUUCAGGGGAGAUCCGUGCGAUCCCAAACCAGACACAUCCAUACCAAGGCCCUCUUCUCUGAUGCUUUACUUGCCUGUGAAAUUCUUCCCAUGUUUUUCCAUGCAUUUAAGCAACAGCUUGUACGCUUUGCCUUUUCAUGUCAUAUUUCUCUUGUGAAACAGCUGGUUUGUCACCGCCUCAGACUGGGGAAAGCACAUGUUCAGAUUGCUGCUGUGGAGUACCGGGAUUUUCACAGUUGUUACAUAGCACUUUAAAGCCUCAUUAGCAGGAGAUGCUGCAGCAGGGAGCUGUGUCCCGGCACAUCUUUUACUAACAGGCUAAAAAGCCUUUUACUAACUAUAAUAAAUCGGUUUGAUGCUUCACA